GUUAUGUCGUUUUUAUUUUCAAGAUUUAUUAAUAUUUUCCAAUGAAAAUGAGUGGGAAACAAGAUAAAUCGACCGUAGACAAGAUAGACAUGAGGCAUAAAACCAUAACAAGCAUAAACAGUUAUACUUUUGUUGGAAGUGAAGGUCAUUUAUUUGUACUUUAACGAUGUUAUUCUUUAUUUAUCUUUCUACAUGUUUCGAGGAACUAGUCCUCAUCUUCAGGAAGAAAUCGUCGAAUGCAUGAAUAUAAUGUUACCAUAAUUAAAAUCUGUUGGUUGUUUUAUGUGAUAGGUACUGAUUAUUAAAUAUUAUUUUCAAUUUAGAAUGACAAGUAAUGAAACAAAUUAAAAUGACAUCAUUGGAAACCAGCUUCCACUAUAUUUAUGGAAGCUGGCUUCAUUAGAAGACAAUAGGAGUCUCAUCAAGUUACAAAAACAUAAUUUAAUGUACCUUAUGGUUAUAAGAUUAUUGAAAAUGAAAGACAAGUUUUUAUACUAAAAUGAAAAUUAAGCUGUAAAGUGUUAUAACAACAUUUAUACCUCUUGGAUUAGCUUGUAUUACAAAUAGUAAAAUUAUUUGGAAUAAGAUCAAUCAGAUUUGUUCAAGAAUAUACUGACAUCACAAUGAGGGAAUUCAUUUAAUACAGUUCAAUUUGUAUUGUUAAUUUAUCUGGUAGAUUUCAUUGUAUUGACAUGGUGUGAUAAUUAUUGUUAGUCCAAUUCAUCAGCAAUCUUGUUGUUGUAGUUAUCACAUGCCAUUGAUCUUUUAUUAUACUUGACAUUAGUGUAUCUUAGAUUCACGACACGCGAUUUUUCCCUGUCUGUUACAGUGAUUGAAUUGAAAAAAUUUAUUAGGUUGUGUUUUUUUUUUGGUUAAAUCUGGCUAAUUAAUUGGAAGUUUUAGUUUCAGUUUUAAUAUAAUGGAAAGAGAAACACAAAUAGCAUACAUUAAUCAUUCAGAUCUAAAUCUUCAUAUUUUAAAACAUGGUGUUAAUUUCGAAGUAAAUGUUGCUUUCGUGUACUGGCGUGUUUUGUAGAAUACUUUUUGCCGCAUUUUAAUUAUUUUAAGUACCUUCACAUACUGUGACUAUCAUAAGGUUAUCAGAGUUAUCGCGAAAAGCAAGGUUGAAUUACAGUGAAUGAAUAAUAAUAUUGUUUUAAUGAAGUUAUUAAGAAGUGGAUUUGAAAUGCCCUUUCUAAAUUAAGUAAUGACUAACGUCAAGUCAUCUCGUUAAGAUGUACCAAACUUUCUACUACCUAUUGUAUUAAUGUUUUAUGCAAAUGUAAAUUAUCUCCAAUGAAUUUCAUUGCGGAUUUGAAUUUAAAAAGGUCAAGGAUGUUAUUGAAGGGUAAUUCAAAACUACAUGUCUAACGAAAAUAAACGAAAUACUAAGAAAAGGAUUUUUACAUCCUUAUUAUGUUUCGCCACUUUACAAAAUUAAAAUUAAAUUAAAACGUUUAUAACCGAAAACGUUAAAUAUUUAUAAAUGUUUCAUACACCUAAUUAAUUUAAAAGUAAAAUAACUUCAUGAUCUAAAAAAAACAUUAAUUCCGCAAAUUCAAAACCGAUAAUGACGCGAUUUUUUAAGAACGAAACUACUGCGCAAACGCCCCCACUUUUAAAAAUGCUCCAUGGUUCAUACCUCCGCAAUGAACUAAGUGCUUGUCCGAGACUAUUCAGAUCGCGUUCUAAGGGAACUCCAACUGACAGUUCAGUUCGGUUCAAUGUCUUGUAGUAGUAUGUAGUUUGUGGCUGCCGAAAUAAAAAGGAGAGAAGAAAUGGUGCGCCAUGUGCUCGUAAUCGUUGUGCUUUAUUUGCGGUUUUUAAGUGCAAAUUCGUUCCAGUCAGAAACAUUUAAAAUCUCCGAUACUCACAUUCAGAACAUUCUAAAUUGUUCAAAACGUUCCCCGAGUGAUUUUAGUCGAUUUUCGUUCAAAACUUCCGGGUCUAUUUAUCAACUACCGGAUGUUUGCGGCGAAGUAGAUUUUAGUAACCUGAAUUUUUUUCCAAAAUGUUGUGCGCUGGGCUAUAAUUACGAAUUGCAAAGACAUCGUUGCAUAAACGAUUCUAAUUCUACAAUAUUUACAAAUAUUUACGGUGAUUUACAAGAGGAUUUAUUAGCGAGAAGUCAUUUAGAUUGUCCUGUUGUAAUUGAUCAUAUUCUCGAAGAUCAACACGUUUUUAACACCACAGAAAACCGCGCAAUUAUUUUCAAUAGAAAUCUUUAUCAAAUCGAUAAUUAUUGUGUAGAUUGGGACGAUUCAAUAAAAUCGAAAAUAUUACGAACAUGCGAAAAUAUUGAAGCGUGUAAAACGAAAAAAUGUAUAACAAAAUGUUGUAAAGAAGGAAGAUCUUAUGUGGGGACACGAUGUAUUUGGAAUCCCGAGUUUGGGAUUUCAGUGGUAAACAGCAAUCGUUUCGAAAACCGUAAAGAUGAUUUCUACGGCAUAAUCCAAGCGAAAAAAUGUCUUCGAAUGAAAGAUGAUCCAACGUUCGAUUUCACAAUUAAAGCAAAUGGGGAUUUGCACGUCAUGUCUCAAGGAAACUGGCUCGAUUUUCCAUUGGAAGAUAAGCAAUAUUGCUUUGAGUAUUACAAGACGGAGAAUAAACACACCGUUUUUCUUUGCGGCUUCGAAAACAAAGGAUCCGUUGACUAUAAAAUGUUCAUUCAAAGAAUACUAAAUAUUAUAUCAUGCAUAUCGUUAGUUUUAACGAUCCUUGGAUAUUUAUUUUUGAAGGAACUUAAAAAUUUUUUGGGCAAGAUCAUCGUUUGGUAUUGCGGAUGUCUUUUAUUUGCAUUAUCGUUAUUGACUUACGUACAGUUUCAUCCAAAUUUAAAAAAUAUUUGUGCGCCAUUUACCUUUCUCAUAAUAUUUUUCUACUUGGCUGCAUUUGCGUGGAUGAACGUAUUGAGUUUCGAAAUAUGGCAAGUCUUAGGAUCUAUGUCAACUCCAUACGGCACGCAACUCUAUAACGAAAGAAGAAAAUUAAUUUGUUAUCACAUAUACGCUUGGAUAUUGCCAAUUUUAUUGGUGUUAUUUGGAAUUAUUGCUUUUCGAUCUGAAGAUGUGCCGACGCAUUUAAAACCGAUUAUUGAUGAAAGGUAUUGCUUCAUGGAAACGAAUGCUCACGCAAAUAAUUACGCCUAUUUUAUUUUCUUCGCCAUACCGGCGUUAAUGUAUAUUUUGGCCAACUCCGUUUUAUUUAUCAAAACGAUUCGUUACAUUAUACAGGUGAAGAAGGACAUCAGGAACGUGAUCAAGCAUAAUUUUAGUGAGAGGCAGAGACGUUUUAGUCUAGACAAAGAAAGAGUGGCAAUGGUUGUACGAAUAUUUAUAAUAAUGGGGUUGUCAUGGUUGUUUGAAUUUAUUUUAUCCUAUCGAACGAUUUUUUCAAAAAAUAUAGUUAUAGAGAUAAUCGAAUUUCUUUUCGACAUAUUUAAUUGUUUGCAAGGUUUUUUCAUUUUCUUAGUGUUUAUGGCUAAAAAGAAAAUAUUCAACGCUGUUAAACAAAAAGUUUAUCGGAGGCCAUUACGGCGAAAUAACACAACUGAAAUUACGUUGAGCUGUAGUUCAAAAUAAUUCUAAUUUAUUAAAAUCAAUACGUGCGAUUCUAGUCACUUGAAUAUGACCUUGUGUAUGUAUCAGAUUUCGGUGUAGCUUUAAACGUUUUUUGCGCAGUAUUAAUUUAUUUUUAAAUAAUGUAAUAAAUAUGAAAGUUUAUGGAGUUUGUCCCAUUUCUUGUUGUUCUGCACUUAGCUCACUCUAAAAAUAUUAAAUUAAUUAAAAAAAUAAUUAAUAUAAUUUUCUUACCGCAGA